AUGUCGAGCCCUGGGCCUGUCGGUGCUCACUCUGAUGAGGAUGUCAUUUGUUCACUUGUUCAGAAAUCUCAGGAAGCCAGAAAUCAGGCUUACUGUCCGUACAGCAACUUCAGGGUUGGAGCAGCUGUCUUAGCAAGUGAUGGAGCCGUGUUCACUGGUUGUAAUGUAGAGAAUGCAAGCUACCCUGCUGGAUUGUGUGCUGAGAGGACUGCUAUCUCAAAAGCUGUGUCUGAAGGAUAUACCUCCUUUAAAGCCAUCGCGAUUGCCAGUGACCUUAAAGAUCAGUUUAUUUUUCCAUGUGGAGUCUGCAGACAGUUCAUGAGAGAGUUUGGCUUGGAGUGGAACGUUUAUCCGACAAAAUCUGAUGGAUCUUACCGACAGAUGACACUGAAGGAGCUCCUGCCACAUUCAUUUGGCCCUGAUGACCUGAGUGCAAGAUACAACCAUUAGACCAUGGGUGGAAAACUGGAGGGCCACAGCCCUGCAGUGUUUAGUUCCAACACCCAUACCUGUAG